AUGAAGAACUUAGGUCUUAAUGUUGCAAAACUCUCAGCCACACUAAAUCUACCUCCAAACUUACGCUUGCACGACGCUCGGGUGUCGACCUUACAUAUCCGCAUCCCAACAGAUUUCCACAGAACCCCGGUUAGGGUGUCUAUAUCUACUGUGAUAGUCGACGGGGAGCUAAUUAAUGAUAUUGAAGCCGAGAACUCCGCCUGCGGACUUAAAUCGGAUGGGUCCUCAGCGCAAGAUGUAAUGCAAGACCCUGAUUUUGGAGACAGGUUCAAAAUACCUUCUGGGAUUGACCUCACAUCGUCCUUUCUACAAGAGCGCCCAGCCGAGGCCAAAGAAGUGGAUGCUGUUCUCCAGUCCAAAUUUGAGAGUCGUGAGGCAAUAGGAGAAAAUGAUUCUGAAGAAGAAGAGCCGGCAGAGGACUCGGGACUUGGCAUGCCCUUGAGCUUCUGGAACUUUGUUCCUUCAUUUUUCCAGAGGCUCGUAGAUAGGGUAGAAAUAGUAGUCGAGGAUAUUUCUCUCAGGAUCAAAAUUUUGUGUCCACCAGAGCCCAGGGGCCUCGACGUCAAUUAUUUGACUGUUACAUUUAGUAUUGACUCGAUCGAAAUCGAGGGCGUCGCCGCGAGUACUGAUGACAAGAAACGAAACACACCUGCCUCACGGACGGCAAAGUCUGGCAUGCGAGCUAUUAGAAUUGACGGGAUUGCUUUGUUGCUUUCUGGAUACCCCGGCUUUUUUGAAGACCUUUCAUCUUCUCGCCCUCCAAACCUGGGAGAUACGGAUACUGUAGCGUCAGGUAGUACGGUGUUGCCAUCUGUUGCUAUCCCGGCUAGAUCUGUGGCCGUGAAGAACCCAGAUGUUGAAGGAUCACAAGGAAUAGAUCUAUCUGAAUCGCUCCCUCUUGGUGUUCGAAGCCCGGAAGCCAUUCAUCAACACGCCGGAGGUUCUGAGGACCCCAGAGUAGCCACUCAUUCAUUCUUUGCACAGAUGCAGGAACCUGACCGAGGUCAUACCCAGUCACCCCCCUCGCCUCCCAUGGACACUUCUGAGAACAUGUCAUUUUCCCCAAUCUCGUCGUUUCAUGGGUCAAUAGGACCUGAAGAAAUUGCCUCUGGAACCAUAUCCCACAGUUUUUUCAACCCAGAAAACAAUACUGGUUUAUCCCAAUCAGGCCGAAGCCCGGUUGCAUAUAAUCCAGAGGCAAUAUACGGCCGGGAUUAUCAGCAGAAUAUUGAAUCACUUCAAGGAAACACGACCUCUCAUGAGUGUGGAGACAAUUCAGAUUCUGAUAGCUUAGAGGGCGAACCACGGCACUUUGAUUUGUUCCAAGAACCAAAUACUAAGUUCCUCGGCGUCACUGCCACCAUUCCGCCACGGUCAGCCAGCUUAAGUCCAGACUCACGAAUCUGUUCUCGUUCUCCGGAAACGAGUUCAUAUGGACGGCCGUACUCACGCAUCGCUGAGCCAGCUCCCCGACCGGCACCAACAAUGACAAUCUCUCAGACUUUAACAAAUUUAGAACUAGUCAAUGCAAGCUCAGAGCUAAACGAACAGUACACUUAUUAUGAGGAACCCUUGGACCCAAUCGAAUAUUCUAAUCCCGACCUGUUAUAUCUCUCACGAUCCAUGCAUUCUGCUGCAUCAUCGACUAGCAAUGAUGAAACUCAACACUCGGCAGACCACGAAUCACUAGAGGCUAGUAAAGCAAUCGGUGAUAUCUCUCUAUCACAUGUGGAGCCAAGAGUAAUAUAUGCUUCCAGCGAUAAAGGAGGGCCCUCAGAGAGUGACAGUGUCUACGAGAGUUAUCCACCUAGCGAAGCGGAUGACGCCCCCAUUUCCGUCCAAACAAGUCCACAAGAUAAUAUGGACUCCUCUCAUCCAUUACAGGAGUCAGAGGAUGAGGCGACUACCCAAGUGGCAGGCCCCUCGGAUUCCUGCUCCCACCGCCCUAGCCCGGACACAUGCAUUCAAGUUCAAACCAGGGCCGAUGGCGACCAGCAAAAAAUCCCAAGAGAUACAGCCGUCUUAAUUCAAAACCGAAUCCCGUCGCCUUUGGUUUCUUCCCAGAUCUUAACCUCGUCAAUAGAGGAGGCGGGCCCCCAAACGCUAGGUGCCGAGGAAUCGGGCUCGGAAGAAUCAGAGUCCGCGUUAGCAGAGAGCAUGAUAUUCACCCACGAAGAAGCUGGGAGCCUCUAUCUAUCUGCGCUCGGUGGAUCGCAAUCAUUUGAUCCGUCUCUUCCAGCCUUGGUUGAACGAAACGAAACGCCUUCUUCGACUCCACUUCUAGGCUUGAGUAUACCAAGACUGAAGAUUCAAAAGCGUCUUUUUCAAAUCGAUUAUAUAGAUAUAUUCGUCCCCGGGAUUGCGCAAUCAACUAGGAGUGCUACGGAGGACCAAGAAUCGGAAUCUAUACCUACUUUUGACUCUAUGUCCGAAAGUACAUACCCUACUAUGCCCGGCGCAUUUUCGGUUUAUGCGGCUGGCAGAUCAGAAAGAAGAAAAACAAGCAAUUCACUGUUAGCAUCACAUUCAACUCGCCUAAACCCCAAGUCUAGUGUUUCAUUCAAGUUAAUGGAGGAAGCUCCCCCCAUCCCACACCGCCAGCGCCCACCAUCCAACCCGCGAGAAUCUCCGCCAGGGGAUUGCAUAGAGUUGGAAAUCGGGAACAUCAAUAUUUCAAUCGAUCUAAUAGUCGGGAGAAAUAUUGUUUCCAUUCUUUCCACAACAGGGAUUAUCGGAAGAACUAGGGACUUUCGUGAGGUCCCGGAACCGGUCAAGAUUGAUAGUACAGUCAAAGAUAGAACAUCAGUUCUCGCUUUGUCUGUGGCAUCUUUGGAUAUUGCUUUGGUGGAUCGAAUGACUGAGUUCAUAGCACCGCAAGGGUGCAGUCAAUUUGACUCGGGAGAACCUGACCUCUGGACACACCAGCAUUCAAAAACCGACUCGGAUUCCUUCAACCACUUAAAUAUCUUGGUAGUCUCUGUCAGAGAAGUUAAACUUGGGCAUCGUCUUACUAAAGAACAGGACGCAUCAGGAUUCUUUUCAGAAGUCUCGCUGGGUUCUUGUUCAGUCAAAAUAGGGGACCAGGAUGUUAUGAAAUUUAUUCCGAAUCAAAACAUCACAACCCCCGGAAAGCAAAAGGCUGCCGUUAUGGAGCCAUCCUUGAUUUUCCGCAUUGAAGACAACCAAAUGGGACGGCGUAUAUACUUUCGGAGUGCCGUUGUCAAUUUCUAUUUUCCGGUCCAGGAUCUCGAAGCGACCCUGGCUUAUUUUGGAGGAUUGGACCGGAUUCUCAAUACAACACCAGCUUCCAGUCUUUCCUCGAAGGGUCGAGCUUCGCAAAAGGCAAGUGGUAUGCACGCUACCGAGUCUCAAGAAAAAAACCCCGUCGAAAAACAAGUAUCCAUUACGGCAGAUAUAAGCGGAAUCAAUAUCGAAGUCUUCAUUUCUUCAGCUACUGGCGGAGUAGGAUUGUCAACUUCCCCCAUUAAAAUCACGACGAAAGAAACUGGAGGCUUAGCUGCUAGACUAAGCCAGCUCGCAAUUUUUGGUCCAAAUAUCGGCGAAGGCAGUCACUUCGGAUCGGCGGCCUCGGUCCUCGAAUCCAAUUCGAUCAGCGUAACUUUUGAUAAUUCUCCUACUGAGGAGGACCUCGAACGGCUUCUCAAGAUGAUCAUGCCAUCCACGGAUGGCUACGAAGACGACGACGACAACGUCAUGGUUGAUAUACUGCUUCGCCAGCGUCGACGGGGUUCUGUCCUGAGAGUCGAUAUUGGCGAGACGAAGGGUAGUCUGUCUGACUUAGGGGAUAUCUCACGAUUUAGAGCGAUUGCGGAGGAACUCGCGAAGAUGGCUACAGUCGCGAAAUAUAUUCCCCAGGACGAGAGGCCGGGCAUGCUAACACUUAUAUCAGCGGGUAUUGUUUCAUUCACCGUUUUCCCAGAGAAUGAACCCGGUAGUUUUACCGUAGGAUCGAAAAACGCCGAUAUAUGCCAUGUCGCUGCUCCGUCGUUAUUCGCACUCAGUAUCGGAAGGGUGAAUUUGAUAAGGCAGCCCGGGAAGGCGAAUGAAGUCUGGGUUGGGGAAUCCCUCCCACACCCACUUGCAGUUUCUGACCAUAAACAUAAAACUCGAUCGAUGGUAAUGGUUCGCAUGAUUGGGGACGAACCAGAGCCAGAAUUAAAGAUCAAAAUCUGGAAUAUUCGUGUCGAAUACCACGCCAAAUCGUUAUUCGAACUUCUUUCUCUUACCACAAAAACUACACCGAAUGUCGCUGCCACAUCGAUGGUUAAUUCAAGCACAAACCCCACAAACAAGUGGCCGUCUAGUCAAUCCAUCAACCAUGAUUCAUCGCAGGAUAACAUUUUACCGUCAAACCAACCACCGCUACGUCUGAAUAUUGGGCUCAGGGGCGUCUCACUUGUUCUUAACCCCCUAGACAGCACAUCAAAGGCCCUAUUUAUUAUUCAUGAUGGUACUUUUGUCUGCGGACUAUCCAGCCAUCAACCACUUUCUGCCUCCCUAGUCCUUCUUAAGGCAAACCUCCUUGCAAUUGAUAACCGAAACAACUUGUCGAGCCCCCAUAUACAUUCACUAGAUAGUAGAAAACAAAAGCACCAGCCGCUGGAAGAGCUAUACUACUACACGUCACAAGGAUAUGUCUCAGUCCUCACAGCGACGUCUGCGAAGGUGAAUCUAAAUUUUGACAACAACGAUGUGGGAGGAGAGACGAGCGUGUUAGUAAAUGUGGAAGACACAUUUAUUUUUAUUGAAAGCUGUGCGGACUCCACACAAACAGUUAUCAGUAUUCUGAAUGGGAUGAAGCCCCCGCUUCCAGAAAGCGAGGAAAUAAAAUACAUGACGCAAAUCAUGCCGGUUGACGUUUUCGCUAACCUUGACGAGGAUGCUUUCAUGCCGGUUGAUGCUGCCUGUAUUGGUGGGCAGCCACGCAAUUUGAAAUCACUCGAGGAGAUACCUGAAGACCUGUUUGAAGACGAAAUCCCGUUUAACAGCCAACUAAUUGAAAGUUAUUCUCCAUAUUCCGACCCACCAAAUGCGGACCCGUCUUCCGUAUCUUCGCCAUCAACUACAUCCCGAUCGGCGUCCAAUUUCCACGAACAGGUCUGCGUCGUUGCUGAAGAGCCAUUGACUUUCGAUGAUCAAUAUAUCCAGGCUCCAUCUAAAAGGCCUCAAGGGGUCCAAAUAAAAGCAGUGCCUAGGAAGGUUGCAUUAAAGGUCUGCAUCAGAAAUACACAACUUAUUUGGAACCUCCAUGACGGGUAUGACUGGCAAAAGACAAGAGAUACGAUUUCAAAAGCUGUAAAGAAGGUUGAAGAACGCGCCUUUCGACGGCAUAGACGAAAUGCCGAUGCCCAACGAGGAUCAGAGGAGGAUGAGGAUGGGGACGAGGACGAGGACGGAGAUGAUGAGGAAAGCGAGACUUACGAUGUUCUUUUCAACUCGAUUUACAUAACUCUUCCGCACCACCGUGACCCAAAAGAUCUUUCUAAGGAUAUCCAGAACCAGAUCAAGGGGAACUACGAUCUACAGAGCGAAACAGGGAGCUAUACACCGACUGUGACAACGGUUGAUUCUCCUUACAACCAAGGGGCAAAAAACUCUCAAACCCGAAAACGGGAGCAAAAAUACCAAAGAUCGAAGCGUAAUGCGAUGCAAUUCGAACUCAAAGGUGUUGAUGUUGAUUUUACAAUGUUUGAGCCCGAUGGUUCGGAAAUCCAAACAUCACUAGAUUUAAGGAUCAAUGAAGUUCAGGUGACUGAAAACGUUAGAACAUCCACUUGGAGGAUGUUUUUGACUUACAUGCGGGAGGCUGGGGUCCGUGAACGUGGUCUCCCCAUGGCACAUAUCCAUGUUGAUACUCUCCGUCCAAUCCCUGAACUUGCGGCAACAGAGUUGUCUAUCAAGGUCAAAUUACUUCCUCUCCGACUCUAUGUUGACCAAGACGCCCUUGAGUUUCUUACACGCUUCUUCGAGUUCAAAGACCCAGAGACCCCAAGAUCAGGGGCCAAACAAGAGGAACCGUUCAUUCAACGCUGUGAAAUUGACACCGUUAGAGUGAAGUUGGAUUUCAAGCCGAAACGUGUUGACUAUGCGGGCCUUAGAUCUGGAAGAACUACUGAAUUCAUGAACUUCUUCAUCCUCGAAGAAGCCGAUAUGGAACUUCGCCAUGUCGCCUUGAACGGUGUCUCCGGGUUCGAAAGGCUAGGAAAGGAUCUCAAUAAUAUAUGGAUGCCAGAUAUCAAGCAGAAUCAAUUGGGCGGAGUUGUCGCUGGCGUGGCGCCGUUCCGCUCGCUCGUAAACAUUGGUACCGGUGUUAGAGAUCUUGUUAAAGUUCCGAUUAUGGAGUACAGAAAAGACGGCCGACUGGUGCGUAGCAUCAAGAAAGGGACACAACAUUUCGUCAAGACAAGUGGGUCAGAGGUUGCGCGCCUCGGUGCGAAACUGGCUAUUGGGACGCAGACAUUUUUAGAGAGAACAGAAGAAUUCUUGGUGGGAGACCUAGCGCAGCAAAGGCAGCAUAUUCACCUUCGUGAGGGCUUCUCUGGGGAGGAGGAGGACGAGAAUAGUAGUGCUGCGGCUUUCAGCCCUUAUGCAGAUCAACCCCUCGGGGUCUAUAAUGGGCUAGUCCAAGCUAGACGGGGGCUGACAAGGAACCUAAAUGAAGCAAAGGAGGCCAUCCUGAGAGUUCCGUCGGAGGCAGCCCAAGGGGGCAGCGCCAAGGGCGCUGCUGCUGCAGUUUUCCGCGCUGCACCGACGGCAGUUAUUCGGCCGAUGAUUGGUGUGACGGAAGCUGUUCAUAAAACCCUACAUGGAAUCGAUAACACCAUCGAUAAAGAGAAGAGGGAAAAGACCCGAGACAAAUACAAAAAGAGAUCCUCUUAG